GCAACAGGAAAGUAGUAGGAUGGAGGGGAAUAGAUCCCUUGUAGUGCUGGGCUUAAUACUAAUUUUAAUACAACUUACAACUCCAACUUCAACUCCAGCUCCAACUCCACAGCCUGCUGGAGCCGAAGAAGCUCCAGGAAACAGUACUGCAGAGGCUUCCAAAUCCUCCACAGCGUCUAAGUGCAAGUCAACUGAAAUUCUAUCCGAAAAUGGCUGCGUGGAUCGCGAAAACUUCCUCAACAAGAUCGUGAUGAGAUCGUGGAGGGAUGAAGGCUUUGAAAAGGCGAAGGCCAGAGCUGGCCUGGUCGAUGGCGUAGAGUGCAGGGAUGGGGAGUUGAGGACUGCAUUUGGCUGCUCAAAGCCACUGUACCCACCGCACGUGGACGUAAACCGGGUGCCAGUUCACCACAGCAGACUAAAUGGCGAACGGAUUGUUCACGACAAGGGUAUUUAUAAACUCUAUCACCACGUGGAAGAUGUGGAACAAAAACCGAUUCGAAAACCUAGAGUGGUAGGACCUCCGAUAACUGGAAACAAGCGCCCACGAAAGUACGUAUUCUUGCCGGGAAGGAGUAUUGGAAAGGGACACACAUGUCGGGCUAAUGAGGUCCUGGGAAGAAGGAAUCGCUGCAUCCAUAGGAAACGGUUAGCUGGCCAACGACAAAAUCAAACAAUCGAAAACGAACAGAGUCAAUAAAUUGUAUUACUAGUAUUAUC